AUGUUCAGUCGCAGCCUUGUUACACAGUCUCUGCGACCGCGCAUGCGUGCGGCCCAGGCGCGCCUUACAUUGGUCGCUUCGAGGAGGCUGUUGUCAACAAGCAACCAAUUGCUCGCGCUGCCGAACAUCCCCAUUUUCCGAGCUCUCAAGAACCAUGACCCAGCUAGCUUGGCAGUCGUGCAUAGCGCUUCCGGACGCUCUUUCACCUAUGGUGACCUCACGACGGACGUGCUCCGCGCAAAGGAGGACCUUGAACACAAAGCCGCCCGAGUGACGGGGAAGCUGGCCGGAGAGCGGGUUGCUUUCCUGGCGGAGAACAGCUAUGACUACGUAGUGACCCUCCUGGCGACUUUUGCCUGUGAUGCUAUCGCUCUGCCCUUGUCACCGUCAUUUCCGACAAGUGAGCUUCAAUAUAUCAUGGACAAUUCAUCCGCCAAAGUCCUUCUCGCUACAGAGAAGUAUGCCGAUAAGGCGAACCAGAUACUUCAGGCUGGUCUACAGUAUGAUCCGCUGUUCGACAUUCGACCAAAGCUCUCGGCUGGUGCGAUGAGUAAUGAUGUUAUCGAGCUGGAGGAUACGAACUACCUGCAUGGCGGGAUGAUGCUCUAUACUUCGGGUACUACGAACAGACCGAAAGGCGUUCUUAUCCCCAAACACACUCUAACUGCACAAGCAAAAUCUCUCAUCGAAGCAUGGAAGUAUUCGCCGCAGGACCGGCUGCUUCAUCUUCUUCCCCUCCACCAUAUUCAUGGCGUGGUGAAUGCUAUCAUCACGCCGCUGUUCGCGGGCUCUUCGAUUGAGUUCCUCUAUCCCUUCAACCCCGAGCAAGUCUGGCGACGCCUUGCUGCGUCUUUCCUCCCGCCCAAGGAAUCGACCCCCGUCCCUUCUAAGGUCACCUUCCUUACAGCCGUACCAACAGUAUACAACCGCCUCCGAUCAUCCUUCCCCUCGCUUCCAGGAGACAUCCAACCCGCGGCUCAAGAAGCCAUUGCUCCCGCUAACCUGCGCCUGAACAUCUCUGGCUCCGCCGCACUACCGACGCCUACCAAAGCUGCCUGGCAAACGAUUAGCAACGGCAAUGUGCUUCUGGAGCGGUUCGGCAUGACCGAAGUCGGCAUGGCACUGAGCUGCGGCCUGGACUUCGCCGAUCGCGUCGAUGGCAGCGUCGGCUGGCCACUGCCCAACGUAGAAGCGCGACUCGUGGACACCGAGACUAACGAGGUCAUUCCGGCUGGCGGGGAAAUGGACGCGCGUGGCCGCGAGCGUGAGGGCGAGAUCCAGCUUCGCGGACCAACCAUCUUCCAAGAGUACUGGGGCAAUGCGAGCGCCACGCGCGAGAGCUUCGUGGCCGGCGCCGACGGAGGAGCGGACUGGUUCUGCACGGGCGAUAUCGCGACGCGGCGGGAGGUCAAGGGCGCCGGGCAGGGGCGCAGCGGGGCGUGGGCGACCGGCCCGAUGUAUUUCAUCCAAGGAAGGAAGAGCGUGGAUAUCAUCAAGACGGGCGGCGAGAAAGUGAGUGCGCUGGAAGUGGAGCGGGAGCUAUUGUCUUUGCCCCAAGUCGCUGAAGCAGCCGUCGUUGGGCUCCCUUCCGAUCAAUGGGGCCACAAGGUUGCCGCUGUAAUUGUCCUGCACGCGGACGCGCAGACAAGCGGGCGCAAUGGCCGGCCGUGGGGACCGAUGGACAUGCGGCGCGCAUUAAAGGAUCGGCUGGCAGCAUAUAAGAUCCCGCAGGAGAUGAAGGUGCUGGAUACUAUUCCACGGAAUGCGAUGGGCAAAGUGAAUAAAAAGGCGCUGGUCAAACAGGUGUUCGAUGUCUAG